AUCAGCGAGUGUGGUCUUGAAAGUGGUUGCAUGUUGAGCGGUGGGUCAGUCAGUAGACUUUUGAACCCGAGCCACGAACGUUCCUCAAUUUUUGCCCAUUGGUGAAGUUGCAUGUUUUGAAAUGGUGACAACUGAUUGUUCGAGGACAGUGCUCGUGAGAUCUAUUUUGUGCCUACGUUGAAACUUGAGGGAGAGAAAUAACACGGACGCGGUUUGAACGGAAUCAUUGAACAGGAAAAUGGUCCCUUCCCUGUACCAAAGACGAAACACAUUGGGGCCAGUCAACACAAUACUAUGAUUGGAUAUUGAGGUGUUCAUCGCAGUGCGAGCCAGCAUUUCUCAAAUCCAACAAUUUGAGUUUAGCUCUACAUACGUAGUAAAUGUAGACUGCAUCAAGAACGGAACGGAACUUGUUCCAUCCUCUUUGGAGAAAUGGCCUUUUCAUAACGUUUUGGCAACCAAACACCCGCCUACCCGCCCACUCGUCUCCCCGCCUACCCACCAACCGACUACUUACCCACCCGCUGACAAUGACUUCGCCAAUAUAUUCGUCGCUCUCGGGCCAAUUGUUCAUUCUGCUCUUGGUUUUGGGUGAGAUCCUGACCGAGCCUAGGCGAUCCAGCAGUCAAAUCAAAUCAGGUGAUAACUACGACCGUGGGGGGCAACAGUAUUACAACAACUACAACAACAACAACAACCUCCCGGAUGGGUGUGCCUUCCCUUCCGAAUGGGAAGGAAUCUGGUUCCAAUCGACGGUUCGGCCGUACAUCACCAUUCAGGGCCGCUCCAUGAGCUCCAAAGGGAAAUGCGUCCAGAGUGACCGAGGUCGUGAAAAGUUCAUCCUUCAAGAAUCUCAAGAUUGCUACAAAUGCGUUGUGUUUCACCAAAAGGCAAAAAAUGUGCUUCAAUAUAAAGAGACUUUUGGAUGCUCCCCGCUAGAGGACAUCGACGCCAUGUGUCGCUACAUUCCUGGGGAUGCCAAUCUCUACACCAUGUUCCGUGUUGAUGGGUCCUCCGUGCCGUGCCCAUUUCACGGCCCUCUUCGUUUCACUUACAACCGUGGCAAGGGUGAUUGUGAUUGGCCCAAGUCAGAAAUGGAGUCCUGCAUGGACCCGCAUAAGUUGGUCUUCCAUUAUCAAGCGUGUCCCAAUGUUCAAGGAUCAGAGAUGAUGACCGAGGAAUUGGAGUGCCAAGCCACGUGGCGGGACGGGUCGUUCCACUACUUGGUGGGCAAGAUGUCUCAUGCCCACGCCUCGUCGGACGAGGAUAAAUUCCGGUGUUUCAUCUUCGAGUUCGCAAAUCCCUUGGUCCCAUCCGAAGGGCUCCAGUUGGCCCAAUCCGGAGAUGCCUCUUGUAAUGGACUUUUCUCGCCCAGCGAAGGCUCAAGGACUCUAUCUCUGUCCAAAGGCCCUUCGAAAGUGGGAUGUCGAUUUCCACAGUGGCUGUCAGCCAAUUCGAAAUGGAACUCCCUGGAUGGAGGUCGGACUUUGAGUCUAUCUGUGUCACCUUCCAACCUGUCUUUCAUCGAGAUGACGUUUCAAACCCAGGGAUUUGGAUAUUCUAAGAGGGCCUCGAGCUCGGUACUCUGCUACAAACGAGACCAAUCGGAUUCUGCCUCUCGUUCGUCUUCCUCUUUUCUUUCAUCACCUCGGCCUCCACGGCCAUCUCGGCCUCCUCGGCCUCCUCCUGCCCCAGGUGUCAAUGGAGGUCCACAAAGUCCAAUUCCAUCCCAAAAUGAGGUCCUUCAAAAGGACGAGAUGAUGGGAAAUGCCAAAGCGUUUGACAGAUCAAUAGAAGCAAGCUAUGAUAGGAUCGUUUUCUACCAAACCAUUGGCUGUCGCAAUGGGUAUGUUUGCUCCCAAUUGUACAAAAUCUCAGGGAAUGUGGCCAGAAUCAAAAUGGGCAAAUUGUCCCGCACUCCCGAGUAUGCCUGUGAUAAAUAUCAUUUCGAUGAGGACUCGCUUACACCCACACUGAUAGUCGGGCUCACUCCCGGAGAAAAUCGAUACCCAAUCACGCCAGCCCUGAACUCCAUGCAAAAUGUCCGGUUACCCUUUUCCGGGUUGUUCCGGAUCUCGAAGCAUCCGUGUGGGUGGGUUCCCCAAUUCUUGUCUUCAGCCACGCCCACUGGGCUGAGCUCAGCCGAGGCGGUGCGUCAACAGAGCGAGGCGGAUCGAGAUCUGAAUGGCGCCGUUUCCGAUUCCCGAGACGUGGGCCCGUUUUGUAAGGACGGAGUGACUCCACGCAAGUUGUCGGUGGUUAUUGGAUGCCAACCCAAACGGAGUGACUUUCAGAUCCGAUCGUCGUGCUCCGCUUUGGACGAGAGCUCGUUUCCAAAAGCUUAUACCUGUACGCACAAAUGGAACGAGAAAGGCUCGCAGUAUCUCGUCUUUCAACCGAAAAGUCGUCCCAGUGGCAAUGAGGACGAGAUGAUGUGCUUCAGACUGGAUGGUUUACCCAGUCACUUGGACCAAAGCAUCCCCAAGAUCGCACCAGAUCGUGCGAAUGGACCUGGUCCGAUGGAAAUGGUUAUGAGCAAGUUAGACGGGAAUUGUCUGGAGAAUAUCACUUUCCCGGCCACAAACCAAUCUGCUUCUUCCUUCUCCUCGUCGUCGUCGUCGUCCUCGUCGUCGUCGACGUCGUCAUCGUCUUUGCCGUCGAGGACCUCGUGGUCAUCAAAAGAGAAUGAGGCCAUCUCAAAUUCCGCCAAUGAACCAAGAUCAGAGCGACUUAUCGGUGAUCAAAUGAUUCUCCUUCUGGAUGGCGACUGUUCCCAAGUGAGUGGAGCGAGGAGUUCGCACUUGUGUCACUUUCAGACGAGUUCUUGGCUCCAAAAUGGCUUCUAUUUCUAUUGCUACUGCGCCCUCUACCCUCUCCUCACGACAACCAACCACCUCGUGGGUGGUUAUUCCUUCUAUUCAGGAGGCACUUCCGGUCGCCAACUCGCCGCAUAGAGAGACACAGAGAGAAAUCAAAUGUGAGCAAAAGUUCGUGUGCAUGCGUGCGUGCAUGCGUACGUCUUGUGGGUGAAUCGGUGAUGGAGAUGAAGGGGAAGAAAUCUUCACGAUUCUUCUCAAUCUCUCUUGAUUUAAGGAGAGAUUCAUUUCUCUUUUGGUGUGUCUUCAUCUCUCGCCACUCGUCCGCCUUUUCCGUCUGGCUCUUCAAAUAUGGCAUAUUUCGAGUGGCACAUCUUCUUCUUCUUCUUUUCGACUUCCUUUCGACUUCCUCCUUCCUCCUUCCGUUGUUAAAGCGAGCGUCCCAGGAACUUGACGGGCUGGAUCAUUUUUCCUGCCUUCUCAAAGAGGCAUACGCAGAACCUUUACCAACGAUUAUAAUAUCACAAUUUCGAAUUCUCUAUCCUCCUUCAUCUCGAGCAAGAGAUGGAAGAUCGAGGAUCCACUCCGCGAGCCUCUAUUCAUUUGGACUUGGGAAGUUUUGAUGGACCUUCUCGUACAAAAGAAUCCUGCUCUCGGCGAACAAUCCAGUCUACUUCGGAGCUAAGGGCAUUUGAAGAAACUCCUGGUACACUCGGAUACCCGAUAGACCCUCGUGCCUUAACUUAUUCUUGGAGGCCCACUCCAGCCCCGCUCACACAAAUUUGGGAGUAGAUUAUGUCUCAAGGCCGUUGAAAAUCCCGUGAAGCUCGACCGGCAAAUGAAAAUUAAUUCACUUUCGCCGCCUGCCUGAUCCGGUUGUCUCGACAUUGGGGUCUUCUUAAAGCAAGUUUUCUUCGUUUGGCAAGGGCUCUCGUGGUCUCCAGUAACAACCUCCUCUGGUCCUCCCCUGGUCCUCCUCUGGUGCUUUGAGGCUGAUACGAACUCCCGGUGAGUGGAGGCCGUGGUAAUACGCUUUCAUUGACAUGGGGGGGGUCUCCAAGGGCGGCGGAAAUUGCCCGCUUCCUUCAAGACGACAACGCCAGGAGGAGGACAUGAUUCACAAAAGAUGUGAUGAAAAUAGCCAUUGUCUUAGUUCCUACAAGAUCCUGGUCCCUAUGCCAGUCAGUCCAGCCAGAGCCGAAGUGCACAACGAGUACGAAAGGCAUGCAAACUGGAGUGCUUGGUUCUGCAUUCACAUCUUGGGUGGCAAACCCAAGAAGCCUCUCAGUUUCGCCGAAGCACCCUAAGACAAGAACCUGGUGAUAGGAAACGACUCCAACGAGCUCAAUCAUAUGGAUACUACUUUUUGAUGGUACACCAUAUGCAUUCACCAACCGCAACCACCCAGCCAGCCCACCAACUCACCCACCAACUCACCCACCAGUGAACAACUACUCCUCUGAAUGGCGAAGAGUUCUAACUAACCAAAUAUGCUCCUUCCCAAAGUUUCUUGGCUCACGAGCAAAGAAGAUCUUAAAACAAGGAGAAUAACGCAGUGCACCAAAAUAUUCCUGAAGAGAGCGAGAAGAUUGGCGGUGGCCAAUGUCAAGAAAAAUCCCCGAUGUUGAACCAAGAUUUCACUUUGUCCUGGUUGCUCCUCAUGUUUACUUAGACGAAGAAAUGUAAACGAGAUGAAGAAACAGUUCUCUCCCUGUUCCUACUUAGUCCGUUGUACAUACACAAGCAACCUAGUUCGUACGUGCGUGUGUCCUGGAUCUCAAACUUGUACGCGGACUUCUUGGAAAACUUUGGGCCUCUCGGUCCCUCCUUGGUACAUGCUUAUAGUGUGUACUACAUAAGACUCGAGUGCCCACUCACUGGUUGUUAGUUUGUUGGUUGGUUUGUUGGUGGGUUGGUGGGUUGGAGGGAUGUGAAUAUGUGUUGUAACUCUUGCAUUCAUCGGGCCAUUUCAGAGGUUUGUUCCACUUCCCUGUACUACUUUGAAUUCAUAUUCCGGUCCCCGUUGAAGACGAAGAAACCCAACACGCACUCGCUGAACACUGAUACGCCAAGAUGGUUUUGAUGAUAACCAGCCAGGAGGAAGACACGACAUUCUACCCAUUAUGGGCCACCCGUGGGUUAGGCGUGUGUGAAUGUAUGUUAUACCAUCGUUGUUGUUGUUGCAGUUCCACGUAUCACAUUCUGCUACAACAAACUUGGAUACAACUGAGAGAUUAGACGAGAGCAAUGAUGAAAAGCAGAGCGACGACGAUGACGACGACGACAUAAAUCUCAAGGGCCCAAAUGGAACGAGGAAAUCCUCUGACAACUCAUGAAUUGGAAACUUUGAAAUCUGCCUCAGCCAGAGAAAUGUCCACGCUUUUUGGAGUCGACGUCAAAUUCUGGCAAAUCUAUGUAUGCAUCAAAGAACAACAACAACAACAACAACAACAACGACGACGACGACGACAGGAACAAUAACAAAUGCCGCCAGGAUCCAUUAUUCCUCAGUUAUAUGGUUUCUUGGCGAGUGAGUGAGGUGGUGCGCCGGUCGGUUGGUUGGUCGGUCGUUCAAGUGGUGGUGGCGGUUGCGGUGGAUUGUAUUAUUACAAGAAGAUCCUUGGACCAUCACAAACCCGGGAACAAAACGUGAGCUGGAACUUCGAGUGGAUGGCCAGGAUGCUUCAACGAAAGAAAGAGCGAAGAGGGGGAAAAGUGCAAAAAUCAGCAAAAAGGCCCAUUGUUGGCAAAUCCACAAGACCGACGCUGACUGAGACUUGGCCUUUGCAAGUCCUGCUUGCUAAGGCCCUGCCAAGCAAAUCUGGCGUGGAUUUCGCCUCCCCCCCCCUCCCUUCCCCCAGCAGAAACUGGAAAAGAAACGGCCCAAAGGACUCGAGGGUUUUCGGACUGAAGGUUAAGAUGAUUGAAUUUCCGUGUGUUUUGUGUGCAUUUCGGCUGUGAUACCAAGACCUGGCUGGCAUGUUUCUCACAUUGAAAGAAACGUGAUCGAGGCCCCAUGAACUUUCUGUCUCAAUGAUACGGUAUUAGGCUUCUUUGUUCAGUAGAUUCGGUAGAUCGUACCACACGUCUAAAGCUAAUCUCACCUUCUCAAAAUGUCGAUCUUUGUAUGUACAAACUUGAAGCGCCGCGUCAAUCGAGUUGAUGAUCAACAUCUACCGAAUGUGUCAAAAUACUCGGUCAUGCCAUUCGUAUAUCACACAUUCUCGUGGUUCUUGUUAUAGAUUAACAUUUAUUGGCAAUAAUAAAUCAAGCUGAUUCUGA